CUGUGAGCCAAGCUGUAUCGGUUUGCAACGAGGAGGCAUAUUGAAGCACAGAGAUAAUGGGGAAGAAACAGAAAAAUAAAGGCGAGGACAGUGCCAAAGAUGACAUCGACAUCGACGCCCUGACGGCGGAGAUCGAGGGAGCGGGAGCAGCUAAAGAGCAGGCCAAGGGCAAGAAGAAGAAGAAGGGCAAACAGAAAGAGGAGUUUGAUGAGGAUGAGAUUCAGAAAGAGCUCGAGGAGCUGUCUUUGGAAUCGCACGGAGGAAAAGCCAACAAAGACGCAGUAAAGAAAUCGGACAGCUUUGAGGAAGACGAGCCAGUGGUCCCUAAAGAGAAGAAGAAGACCCGCGGUGGCAAGGGCAAGCGCACCAGCCUCGAGGAUGACGAGGGGGACGAGGAAGGUCCGGGUGCGGCUGGUAUGGGGGCGGACAGCGGGCCGCGGGACCAGAAGACGCUGGAGACGACGAGUGGUCCAGCUGCUGCUGCUGCUGAUGAUGAUGAUGACCACUCGGACGACGAGGGCUCGCGCACACGACAGAAGGCCAAAGGCGGCAAGAAGGCCGGCCGCAAAGCAGCCUCGGACUCAGAGGAGGACGAGGACGACGGAGAGACCCAGAAAGAUGGAGGAGGAGGAGGAGGAGUAGGAGGAGGAGGUGGAACUGGAGGAGGCGGCGGCCAGGGAGAGGACGAGGAAGACUCGGACGAAGGCGUCCAGGUGAAGAAGAAGGCCCAGAGGAAGCAGAAGGGCAAGAAGGCGGCGGACAGCGAGGAGGACGAGGAGGACGACGGCACGUUCAAGGUGAAGACGGCGGCGCAGAAGAAGGCCGAGAAGAAGGAGCGCGACCGCAAGAAGAAGGAGGAGGACCGCGCCAAGACCAAGGCCAAGCAGGACGAGGCGGCCGCCAAGAAGGCUGACCCCGACGCCAAGAAGGCCGACCCCGACGCCAAGAGGACCGACCCCGACGCCAAGAGGACCGACCCCGACGCCAAGAGGACCGACCCCGACCCUGCAGAGGUCAAGAAGGGCGACGUGCUGGAGAAGGCCGUGUCCGAGGAGCAGGACGCUGCGGACGCCAUGGGAGAGGAGGAGGCCGAGGGGGACAAGAAGAAGAAGGACAAGAAGAAGAAGAAGGGAGAGAAGGAGAAGGAGGAGAAGAAGAAGGGGCCGAGCAAGGCCACGGUGAAGGCCAUGCAGGAGGCGCUGGCCCGCAUGAAGGAGGAGGAGGAGCGCAUCAAGCGUGAGGAGGAGGAGCGCAUCCAGAGGAUGGAGGAGAUGGAGGCGCAGAGGCUGGAGCAGGAGCGUCUGGAGCAGGAGCGCAAGGAGAAGAAGAAGCAGAAGGACAAGGAGCGGAAGGAGCGGCUGAAGAAGGAGGGCAAGCUGCUGACCAAAGCCCAGAAGGAGGCGCGUGCCAGGGCCGAGGCCACGCUCAAGAUGCUGCAGGCGCAGGGUAUUGAGGUGCCAUCCAAAGACUCUAUGCCAAAGAAGAAGCCCAUCUAUGGGGACAAGAGAAAAAAGAAGCCUGUUUCUCAGACUCCUGAAGAAACCUCCGAGGUGACUUCACCUACGCCAACAGAGCCAAUCACAGUCGAGAAGAUGGAAGUGGACACGCCCAAACAGGAAGCAGCAAAGGAACCGAAGCCAGAUGCUGCAGAUGUGGACGACUGGGAGGCCAUCGCCAGCGACGAGGACAAAGAGCUGAAGAAGGUGCACAUCGAGGUGAAGGAGACGCAGCAGCCGCGGAAGACGGCGGCCCCACAGGCUGAGAACGGCAGCGAGGAGGAGGAGGACGACGAGGACGACGAGGAAGACGAGGAGGAUCAGGAGGACGAGGAGGAGAGCGAGGGAGCCGAGGAGGAGAAGCCGGCGACACAGAGCGCCAAGAAGGCGGAGAAGGAGAAGGAGAAGGAGCCCAGCUCGGACUCCAGCAGCGAGAGCGACUCGGACGACGGGCGCACCAAAGAGGAGCGGCUCUACGACAAGGCCAAGAGACGCAUCGAGAAACGACGACAAGAUAACCUGAAGAACAUCAACAUGGACAAACUACGAGCUCCGGUCAUCUGCGUCCUCGGCCACGUCGACACCGGAAAGACCAAGAUCCUGGACAAGCUGAGACACUCACACGUGCAGGACGGUGAGGCAGGAGGAAUCACGCAGCAGAUCGGUGCCACCAACGUUCCCCUGGACACCAUCAUGGAGUCCACCAAGAUGGUCAAGAACUUUGACAAGGACAACGUCAAGAUUCCUGGAAUGCUCAUCAUUGACACACCUGGUCACGAGUCCUUCAGUAACCUGCGGAACAGGGGCAGUUCUCUGUGUGACAUCGCCAUCCUGGUGGUGGACAUCAUGCACGGCUUGGAGCCGCAGACGCUGGAGUCCAUCAACCUGCUCAAGGAGAAGAAGUGCCCCUUCAUCGUCGCCCUCAACAAGAUCGACCGUCUGUACGACUGGAAGAAGAGUCCAGAGACGGACGUGCAGGCCACACUGAAGAAGCAGAAGAAGAACACCAAGGACGAGUUCGACGAGCGCGCCAAGGCCGUCAUCGUGGAGUUCGCCCAGCAGGGUCUCAACGCCUCGCUCUUCUACGAGAACAAGGACGUGCGCACCUUCGUCUCCCUGGUGCCCACCUCCGCCCACUCGGGCGACGGCAUGGGCAACCUGAUCGGCCUGCUGGUGGAGCUCACCCAGACCAUGCUGGCGCGCCGCCUGGCACACUGCGACGAGCUGCGGGCACAAGUCAUGGAGGUGAAAGCCCUGCCUGGCAUGGGUACUACCAUCGACGUGAUCCUGAUCAACGGGCGCCUGCGUGAGGGUGAGACCAUUAUCGUGCCCGGGGUGGAGGGGCCAAUCAUCACCCAGAUUAGGGGGCUGCUGCUGCCCCCACCACUCAAGGAGCUCAGGGUCAAGAGCCAGUAUGAGAAGCACAAGGAGGUGUGUGCUGCGCAGGGCGUGAAGAUCCUGGGGAAGGACCUGGAGAAGACGCUGGCAGGACUCCCCCUGCUGGUCGCGCACAAGGAUGACGAGGUCCCCGUCCUGAGGGAUGAUCUGAUCCGGGAGCUGAAGCAGACGCUGAACUCCAUAAAGCUGGAGGACAAGGGUGUGUACGUGCAGGCCUCCACACUCGGAUCCCUGGAGGCUCUGCUGGAGUUCCUCCGCACCUCCAAAGUGCCUUAUUCGGGCAUCAACAUCGGCCCGGUGCACAAGAAGGACGUGAUGAAGGCCUCUGCCAUGCUGGAUCAUGACCCACAGUACGCUGUGAUCCUGGCCUUUGAUAUCAAGGUGGAGAGAGACUCGCAGGAGAUGGCUGACAGUCUGGGCGUGCGCAUCUUCAGCGCGGAGAUCAUCUACCACCUGUUCGACGCCUUCACCAAGUACCGCGAGGACUACAAGAAGCAGAAACAGGACGAGUUCAAGCACAUUGCUGUGUUCCCGUGCAAACUGCGCAUCUUGCCCCAGUUCAUCUUCAACUCCCGAGACCCCAUCGUCAUGGGCGUGAUCGUAGAGGCCGGCGUCAUCAGGCAGGGCUCGCCGCUCUGUGUGCCCAGUAAAGGGUUUGUAGAUAUCGGGAUCGUCACCAGCAUCGAGAUGAACCACAAAGGGGUGGACAGUGCCAAGAAGGGGCAGGAGAUCUGCGUGAAGAUCGAGCCCAUUCCGGGCGAGUCGCCCAAGAUGUUCGGCCGACACUUUGAGGCGACCGACUUCAUCGUUAGCAAGAUCACACGUGCGUCCAUCGACGCGCUCAAGAACUGGUUCCGUGACGAGAUGACCAAGUCCGACUGGCAACUCAUCAUGGAGCUCAAGAAGACCUUUGAAAUCAUCUGAGCACGGAAGAAAUGACUGUCUGUGUCCACACACACACACACACACACACACACACACACACACACACACACACACACACACACACACACAUAUAUACCAACAUUGGCAUAGACCGUGCCUAUCUUUGCAUACUCCUGAGAUGAUGUCUCUGAUGAAGGAGGCAAAAGAUUUCAGAGACACACACACAUACACACACACACUUUACACACACACUUUACCCGCUCACACAAACGCAUCUCAUCGUACCAUCACGGGGGGGGGGAUUGCAGUGUGGAAGCUGACGCCCCCACCCCCCCCCCCCCCCUCCCCCUGCUCUGGGUGGGGAUUGGAAUGAAAAGGCAGGAAAAGAGACAGAAGAGGGAGAAAAAGUGUUUUCUGUGAGAAACCGAACUAUUUCCACUGUUUUUAACAGUGACAGUUAGACAAACAAUUACACACUAUUCCAAUGUGCCUGUUCUUCUGACUCUUCAGUUUUUAGGGUUGUUGUUGUUUUUUUUUUUUUUUUUUCCUCUUUUCAUUUCACGGCUGCUCCUCUGCCUGCUGUGACCGGAGCCUGGCCCCCUCUGCGCUUAUGACGCGUGUGUGCAUGCGUGGGUGUGUGUUUGGGUGUGUGUUGGUGUGUGUGUGUGCGCGUGUGGGGGUUGGGCUCCGGGCCCAGAGGUGAGGGGCUGCACUGCAGGGUUUCCGGGCCCUUCUCUGAGAUUCACCCUGCUGGGCUUUUAGAUGUUUCAGUAUUACCGAUGUUUUACUCAGUGUUUCUCUUCCUCCGCUCAUUAUUUUCGGGGUUAUUAUGAAACGAUAAGGUAACCCCCUCCCCCAGCCCCAGCCCCCCCCCCCCCCCCCCCCCCUCUCUCUCACCAAGCAACCGAUUGGACUCUGCGCUCCAUCAGCAAGCCUCCACCAGUCCCGCUGGGCUGCACAGCACAGCGCCGCGCGCGCGUUUCUACCAUCGGGUGGGCGACGGAGAAUACAGGCAACACUCUAACUGAGCUGAAAUGUAAAAGAAAAGAUUAAAAAAAAAAAAGAGACAAAUAUUCCAAUACCAAUAAAGAAAUGGCAUAUUUAUAAAGAAGGCUUCGCCUGAGUUGAUGACUGUUGUGAUCAUAUUAUGGGUCGGAAGCUAAUUUAUAUCGAUUCAGUGUGACUGGUGUUUAAGACCCCUGUGUGUUAAUACUGAAAGAGGUGUUCUGUUGUGCAGUGGCCAUGUGAGAAGAAGCCUCUGAUUUACCUUAGCCAGGAUGAUGUCAUUCCUGGAUACUCAAAAUGUGAAGGCUGCU